UCCCACAUGUGAUGGACCCCCAGCAGUUUGAUGGAGGCCAUGUGUUAGAGGGCUGUAACACACCCGGUAACAGGGACCACCGGCCCCCUCCUGCCAAACUGGUCCGCUUGGAGUUGAACGGUGGCGGGGGCCCCCCAGGGACACACCAGGGCAGGACGAGACAGGGGAGCCCAGGGGUCAGAGCCCUUACUUCGGCCCCCAAACCCACCACACCCACACCACAACCCAAGAACUGGCAUAAAAGAGGUAAGACUGAAAAAGAAAAGGGGCGGGGCAAGAGGGAGGAAUGGGUGAAUAGAGGAGUGAGAUGGGUGCCCAGAUAGACUCUGCGCAUAGUAGGGUUGUGAAGCAAGGGGAAUUUUCCAGGUAACUUUCCAAAUGUACCAGUAAACUACCAAAAUUUUUGAAAAUGUCAAGAAUUGCAUGGUGCUUUACCUUUUCAUUUCCCAUGUCCCCUGCUUCUAUCUGUAUGCUGUGAUGUGAUUGGCUGUGCUGUGUGUCCGUCAUCCCAGGGAGCCUGCUGCCUGUGCUGUGUUUGGUGGAGCACAGAGAGAGCCCGGUCCCGGCAGUGGAGGCUGAGAGGAGAGAGGAGCAUGCAGAGUUUGUACUGGUCAGGAGAGACAUGCUGUUUAACCAGCUGAUAGAGAUGGUUCUACUGGCCCUGGGCUACUCUCACAGCUCAGCAGCACAGGCGAAAGGUACACACAUAUGCACAGCUCACACACCAACACACACACAUACACAUAAAUCAUGCUCUCACACACAUACACUCUCUCUCUCUCUCUCUCUCGUCUCGCUCUCGCCUCUCUCUCUCUCUCUCUCCUCUCUCUCUCUCUCGUCUCAUCUCUCUCUCUCUCUCCUCUCUCUCUCUCUCUCUCCCACUCUCAUCUCUCUCUCUCUCUCUCUCUCUGCUCUAUUACCCACACACACAUACACACACGCCUUCUCUUCCUCCAGUGUCAGUGUUUGUAACACAGUGUGUGCGCAUGCGUGCCUGUGCCUGUGUGUGUACCUAUAGGUUCGAUCCAGGUGGGUAGGUGGAACCCUGUCCCUCUGUCCUGUGUGACUGAUGCUCCUGAUGCCACUGUGGCUGACAUGCUGCAGGACCUCUACCAUGUCACCACCAUCAAGAUCCAGCUCACCAGGUACACCAUCAUCUCUCGUGGACAGACAUACGUAACAUAAAUGGUAUCUUAACGUCUGUCAACAGACUAUGGGAUCGACGGCUAACGAGGAACAUUGUUCCGGUGCGCUGGUUUUGUGUCACUGGUAAUUUGGAUGAAUCACAAUUUGGCAGCGCGCUGCAUCUUUAGAAUUUCUGAAGGGGAGGGCACAUGUGGCCCAUAUACUUCCAUGAGACAUGCGGAGAGAGGGGAGGUGGAGCUACCAAAGUGGUUCUGGAAUUUGCACUAGUUUCGUAUGUCAUACCUCUCCCCCCAUAACCUAAUCAAGUAGUUUACAUGAGAUUCUUGUUUCUGGGUUGCCGAGAUUAGGUAAACCAGGCCACAGCUUCUGAUGCUACAUCUGUCAACCUGCUUUCAGUGGGGGUGUGUAGUGUCAGGAAAUGGUUUGCGUGAAAAUCUGCUUGGCUGCAUUCGUGGUUUAUGAAAUAAUAAUAAUAAUAAUACUAAUAAUUCACCAUUCUGGAAACACAGCAGAUGUGUUGUGUGAAGUAAUUAACUAAUAACUACCACCAGGUGAGGCAGGCAGGCACACACACACACACACGCACACACACACAGGCACAUAGGAACACAAUCGCACAUACACACAUAGUGACACACACACACAGAAACACACAGUCAGCCAAAGUCUAAAUCUGCCACUCCACAGAGGAGGGCCCCCACAAUUUCAGACAGCAUUUUUAUUCAUUUGUCAACUAGGCGCGGCCACCCGCGGAGCGAAGCACGCCCGCAGCGCGAGCGCGAGGGCACCCACGCACGAGCGGGCCCCCGAGCGCCCCAGAAACCCGCAGCACUAAAGCGACGAGACCGACCGAGCGCAACCACCCCGCGGGCCCACAAAGCCCCCAGCGAACCGCACGGAGCGCGCCCCGCGAGGACCGAGACACCACCCGCCCGCGGGCACCAAUCGCACCAGCGAAGCGAAAAGCGCCAACGACGAACAAAAAACCCACCGGUCAAAAUAGCAAGCACCAAGCGAAACCAUCAGAAGACAGAGCUAGACGACGUCAAGAGCAACCGCACCAAAAUCCGUAUCUCCCCCAAGAAACAAUAUCAGACCGCAACACCGCUCCCACCGACCCACCAACCUCUUUCACGAAACUCGCACAUCAUGAGAUCACUGCUAUUCCUAGACCGAGCUCUCUCGUCAACAUGAUCUCCGUUCUCGCGAUCUCUCUCGAGCUCCUCUCGUAUCUCUCUCUCUCUUCUCUCUCUCUCUCUCUCUCUCUCGCUCCUUUCCUCUCUCUCUGCAUGUUCCCCCCUCUCCCCCCCCCCACUCUCUAGUUGUCCCAGGUUGGAGGACCUACCUCCAGAACAGUGGAGUCACUCCACAGUGAGAAACGCCCUGAAGGAGCUAUUGAGAGACAUGAACCAGAGCUCACUGGCCAAAGAGUGCCCUCUGUCCCAGGUACAACCAGUGAUUUAUAUAUACACUAGAUGACUGAUGGGGUGCGCUGUGUUGAAGCCACAGCAUAGCCAUCUUGGCACUCCCCCACCAUUGUAAAACAUAUUUUGGAAGCUAUAGAAAUGCAUUUAUUAAUGUCUACAUUCAUUAUGCCACGUUUAUUCUAUUACAGACACGUUAAUGCAUACUUUUAAAUUAGAUUAUGUGAGCUAAACAUAAUUAUAAAAAAAUGAAAAAAUAUUAAAAACAUUUUCCUUAAAGUAGUAGAGAUUACUAAUGUUACUGUCCCCAAUCUAACAAAAAAAUACUUCAUUUUGUCCUUGAAACAUUUAAUUGAAAUACUGUAGAAUUCCAUUCAUUCCUAUGGAGGACUGCUCCUACUGGGGAGACUUCAAAGGCUCUCAAUUACCAAUACAUAGCACCAGCAAUCCAGGGUUUAUAUACAUCAUUGGGUACAACACACACACACACACACAGGCCUAAACACGUACAUACACACACUCACGUACGCACAAACACGUACACAGACACACAAACAGGCAUAAACUAGUGCACGGAUUGCUGAGACAAAUAAGGUCUGGGGCAGAGAGAGAGAGAGAGAUACUGUAUAAGGGAUGUUUAUCUUUUAAAGAGCCAUGCUGCAUCCUGUUACCUACAGCUCUGCUGACUUAUACUGUACCUCUGUACCCUUCUGCUACUGUCUGUCUCUUCCUAGUCAAUCUCUGUCUUUCUCUUUCUUUCUGUGUGUGUAUCUCAUACUUGUUGCAUGCCCAGCCUUUAGCUCAGUGGGCUAAAACAGUCUUGUAACAUGCAGGCAGGUGACCCAAGUUUGAACCCAGUCGGCCACACAUGCACAGCAUCUCACUCACACACUGAAUUGCUUUACACACACACACACACACACACACACACACACACACACACACACACACACACACACACGUGUUACUGUGAUGGAACACAGCGUAGAGGCACCUGCUGUUGGAGAACAGAUGGAUGUGUCUUGUGAAUAUUUAAAACAAUCAAAAUAGUCUGUCUGUUACUCACCCUGAGGGCAGCAACUACAGCCUCAGUCUAAUAAACAGACAUUUCUGUUUUCAUAUUCUCUCUCUCUCUCUUUAUGUUUAUGUCUGUUCCCACUCCCCUCUUUCUAGCUCAUUCUCUCCCUCCAAAUGUCUCUCUCUCUCUUUCUCUCUCUCUCUCUGACUCUGUCCACCCCCCGCCCUCUCUCUUUCAAUUCAAUGGGCUUUAUUGGCAUGGGAAACAUAUGUUUACAUUGCCAAAGCAAGUGAAAUAGAUAAUAAACAAAAGUUUCUGUCUCUUCAGUUAUUGGGAGCAGAUUAGAAUAAAUCUGAAGAGAUGAAAGGUGUAAUCAAAUGUGAAGACGACACAGGAUUGUCUCGAGGGAUUCUUUUUAGCUUCCAUUUCUUAAAUGACAGAUGGCACCUAGAUGAGGCUGCACACUCAAACACACACACACACACACACACACUCAUCUGUCUUUAUUAAAGGGUUUACCUGGGGGGGGGGGUUUUAAUAACACCGAUCUGAGUCCGUUAUCAUCACACAUUCUAUGUUCAGCUGAGACAGACACACACACACACACAGGGAGAGAAAUGGAGUCUUUUAAAACGGAGACAAAAUGAGGCAACAAUUAUUUAAAAUGUGAAUCGUUACUUUGUCGCUCUUUUUAAUACUGUUGUAUAAUAUAUUAUUUCUGACUUCAAAUGCAAUUAUUGCACAGUUCUCCAGCUCUGUUGCCAAGAGGAGAAUAGACUGGCCCUCAGGCUCAUGUAUGUACAGUAUAUAGCAUGUAUUCUAUUUAUUAUGACUAUAUUUUGCAUUGAUCUGCUGUGGUUGAGUAUUCAUAAAGCGUUUCCCUGCCACUGUUACGACUCCAUGUUCUUCUCUUUUCCCUUUGUCCUUCUCUCAGAGUAUGAUCUCCUCCAUUGUAAACAGCACCUACUAUGCAAAUGUCUCGGCAACCAAGUGCCACGAGUUUGGCCGCUGGUAUAAGCACUUCAGGAAGACCAAGGGCAUCAUGGGUAAGACUACAGGGUGGCUUAAAGGGGUAGUUCACUUAUAUUGAUCCUCAAUGGUAAUGUUAGCAAAUAGUAGCUGUGGCUAUUUAUAAAUACUCCCCUCUCAUUUACAUCUCUCCUCCUCCAUCCCUCUCUCCACUACUCUCUUCCUCACUUCAGAGAUUGACAGCUUCUCUGACCAAUCCCAACCGGGCUCCACACACCCAUCAACCAAACAACCAUUCCCAGGCAGCACAGCCGAGCAGGUCGGCUCCUCGCCCCUCCCCUUCCCUCACGGGGGUGCCGCUCAUAUUUCUGGGCGUGGUUGUCUGGCCCCAAGUCUCUGCCCCCCCGGGCUGGUGACCGCCCCCCUCAGCCCCCAGCUAGUCAGCCCCCAACAGAUAGUCAUGGCCCAGUUCCUCAACCAGCAGUAUGCAGUCAGCCAUAUGCUAGCCCAGCAGAGCCUGUCUGUAUCUGUCUCCACCUCCCCCCAGCAGCUCCUCAACUACCCCCCUGUGUGGAGGCCUCCCCCCUCCCUGGCCCUAGCCAAGGGCCUCGACCCCCAGCCUCAGGCUGGACCACCAGGACCCGGGUCUGGGUCCCAGAGCCAAGUGUGUGGACCAUCAGACAUCUCAUGUGAGAUCUACCAGAGGGUGAGAGAGGAGCUGAAGAGAGCAGGCAUCUCCCAAGCUGUGUUCGCCCGCGUGGCCUUCAACAGGACCCAGGUAGGAGACAGACAGGGAGAUAGGGGUACUGGAUGUAUGGGACUGUGCUGUAAACUAAGGGUUAGGGAUUAAUUAGGGGGUGGGGUUGGUGAAGGACAGAGAAAAGGGGGGUUGGUGUUAUGGUGUGUGUAAACUGUGUGCUGGUGUUAUUGGAUUGAGUGUGUGUGCGCGUGUGCAUGACGAUUAGCUCUUGGCAUGGCCUUUGCCGCAGUUUCUGUUCUGAGUGUGUGUGUGAAUGCGUGUGCUGUUGCAUGUGUGUGCAUGUGCUCUGUCUCUCUCUGUGUGCCAGCUCUUCUCUGUAGUAGGAACUCAUGCCAGUGGUGAAGUAGCUGCUGGGCCAGCCAGUCACACUCCCUCAGAGAGUCUACCUCUCCCUGUCUAAUCACACUCCCUCAGAGAGUCUCUACCUCUCCCUCUCCCUCUCUAAUCACACUUCCCCAGAGAGUCUCUACCUCUCCCUGUCUAAUCACACUCCCUCAGAGAGUCUCUACCUCUCCCUGUCUAAUCACACUCCCUCAGAGAGUCUCUACCUCUCCCUGUCUAAUCACACUCCCUCAGAGAGUCUCUACCUCUCCCUGUCUAAUCACACUCCCUCAGAGAGUCUCUACCUCUCCCUGUCUAAUCACACUCCCUCAGAGAGUCUCUACCUCUCCCUGUCUAAUCACACUCCCUCAGAGAGUCUCUACCUCUCCCUGUCUAAUCACACUCCCUCAGAGAGUCUCUACCUCUCCCUGUCUAAUCACACUCCCUCAGAGAGUCUCUACCUCUCCCUCUCCCUCUCUAAUCACACUUCCCCAGAGAGACUCUACCUCUCCCUCUCUCUCUCUAAUCACACGUCCCCAGAGAGUCUCUACCUCUCCCUCUGUAAUCACACGUCCCCAGAGAGUCUCUACCGCUCCCUCUCUAAUCACACUUCCCCAGAGAGUCUCUACCGCUCCCUCUGUAAUCACACGUCCCCAGAGAGUCUCUACCUCUCCCUCUGUAAUCACACUUCCCCAGAGAGUCUCUACCUCUCCCUCUCUAAUCACAUUUCCCCAGAGUCUCUACCGCUCCCUCUCUAAUCACACGUCCCCAGAGAGUCUCUACCGCUCCCUCUCUAAUCACACUUCCCCAGAGAGUCUCUACCUCUCUAAUCACACGUCCCCAGAGAGUCUCUACCUCUACCUCUCUAAUCACACUUCCCCAGUCUCUACUGCUCCCUCUCUAAUCACACUUCUCCAGAGUCUCUACCUCUACCUCUCUAAUCACACUUCCCCAGAGAGUCUCUACCUAUACCUCUAUAAUCACACUUCCCCAGUCUCUACUGCUCCCUCUCUAAUCACACUUCUCCAGAGUCUCUACCUCUACCUCUCUAAUCACACUUCCCCAGUCUCUACUGCUCCCUCUCUAAUCACACUUCCCCACAGUCUCUACCUCUAUAAUCACACUUCCAGAGAGUCUCUACCUCUAUAAUCACACUUCCCCAGAGUCUCUACCUCUCCCUCUGUAAUCACACGUCCCCAGAGAGUCUCUACCGCUCCCUCUGUAAUCACACGUCCCCAGAGAGUCUCUACCUCUCCCUCUGUAAUCACACGUCCCCAGAGAGUCUCUACCGCUCCCUCUCUAAUCACACUUCCCCCAGAGAGUCUCUACCUCUCCCUCUCUAAUCACACUUCCCCAGAGAGUCUCUACUGCUCCCUCUCUAAUCACACUUCCCCCAGAGAGUCUCUACCGCUCCCUCUCUAAUCACACUUCCCCAGAGAGUCUCUACCUCUCCCUCUCUAAUCACAUUUCCCCAGAGUCUCUACCGCUCCCUCUCUAAUCACACGUCCCCAGAGAGUCUCUACCUCUCCCUCUCUAAUCACACUUCCCCAGAGAGUCUCUACCUCUCUAAUCACACGUCCCCAGAGAGUCUCUACCUCUACCUCUCUAAUCACACUUCCCCAGUCUCUACUGCUCCCUCUCUAAUCACACUUCUCCAGAGUCUCUACCUCUACCUCUCUAAUCACACUUCCCCAGUCUCUACUGCUCCCUCUCUAAUCACACUUCCCCACAGUCUCUACCUCUAUAAUCACACUUCCAGAGAGUCUCUACCUCUAUAAUCACACUUCCCCAGAGUCUCUACCUCUCCCUCUGUAAUCACACGUCCCCAGAGAGUCUCUACCGCUCCCUCUGUAAUCACACGUCCCCAGAGAGUCUCUACCUCUCCCUCUGUAAUCACACGUCCCCAGAGAGUCUCUACCGCUCCCUCUCUAAUCACACUUCCCCCAGAGAGUCUCUACCUCUCCCUCUCUAAUCACACUUCCCCAGAGAGUCUCUACUGCUCCCUCUCUAAUCACACUUCCCCCAGAGAGUCUCUACCGCUCCCUCUCUAAUCACACUUCCCCCAGAGAGUCUCUACCUCUCCCUCUCUAAUCACACUUCCCCAGAGAGUCUCUACCGCUCCCUCUCUAAUCACACGUCCCCAGAGAGUCUCUACCUCUCCCUCUCUAAUCACACUUCCCCAGAGAGUCUCUACCUCUACCUCUCUAAUCACACUUCCCCAGAGAGUCUCUACCUCUCUAAUCACACGUCCCCAGAGAGUCUCUACCUCUACCUCUCUAAUCACACUUCCCCAGUCUCUACUGCUCCCUCUCUAAUCACACUUCCCCAGAGUCUCUACCUCUAUAAUCACACUUCCCCAGAGUCUCUAAUCACACUUCCCCAGAGUCUCUGCCUCUAUAAUCACACUUCCCAAGAGUCUCUACCUCUAUAAUCACACUUCCCCAGAGUCUCUACCUCUCUAAUCACACUUCCCCAGAGUCUCUACCUCUGUUUCUCUCAUCCCUCCAAUUUAUUUUCUCUCUCUCGUCUCUAGCACUUUCUCUGUCCAUCUCUCUAUAUCUCACUUUCUCUGUCCAUCUCACUUUCUCUGUCCAUCUCUCUAUAUCUCACUUUCUCUCUAUAUCACACUUUCUCUGUCCAUCUCUCUCUAUCACUUUCUCUGUCCAUCUCUCUAUAAAUCUCUCUAUAUCUCACUUUCUCUGUCCAUCUCUCUAUAUCUCACUUUCUCUGUCCAUCUCUCUAUAUCUCAAUUUCUCUGUCCAUCUCUCGUCUCUAUCACUUUCUCUGUCCAUCUCUCGUCUCUAUCACUUUCUCUGUCCAUCUCUCGUCUCUAUCACUUUCUCUGUCCAUCUCUCUAUAUCUCACUUUCUCUGUCCAUCUCUCUAUAUCUCACUUUCUCUGUCCAUCUCUCUAUAUCUCACUUUCUCUGUCCAUCUCUCUAUAUCUCACUUUCUCUGUCCAUCUCUCUAUAUCUCACUUUCUCUGUCCAUCUCUCUAUAUCUCACGUUCUCUGUCCAUCUCUCUAUAUUACAUUUACAUUUUAGUCAUUUAGCAGACGCUCUUAUCCAGAGCGACUUACAGUUAGUGAAUACAUAUCUUUUUAUACUGGCCCCCCGUGGGAAUCGAACCCACAACCCUGGCGUUGCAAACGCCAUGCUCUAUCAACUGAGCUACAUCCCUGCCGGCCAUUCCCUCCCCUACCCUGGACGACGCUGGGCCAAUUGUGCGCCGCCCAUGAGUCUCCCGGUCGCGGCCGGCUGCGACAGAGCCUGGAUUCGAGCCAGGAUCUCUAGUGGCACAGUUAGCACUGCGAUGCAGUGCCUUAGACCACUGCGCCACUCAGGAGUUUAUAUCUCCCUUUCUUUAUAUAUUUCCACCCUUCCUCUGUAUCCAACUUUAUGAUGUCUGCAUGUGACAGGUCUAUCCCUCAUUUUUCUCAUUCAAUUUCAAUCUUUCUCAUUUUUUCCCCAUUUCAUACCUCUCUCUCUCCCCCCUCUCUCUCUCCCUCCCUCCCUCCCUCUGUCUAUCCUGUCUGCUCCUGCCGUUAGAAGGCACUCACUCGAAUGGCUUCUAGAGAGACCUAGACCACUGUUAUUAUUACCAUCAUUAUCACCAGCAUCAUCAUGGGUGUCAUUAUAAUGAUCAAAGGCUGCCAUUAUAGCCACCCGCCCCCGCAUUUCUCCGUCGCUGUGACAACUGGGCUCUGCGGACAGGUAAAAGGGAGUGGGACAGAGGAAGGAAUGUCUCACCUGGGCAAGGUGCCAAGGAGUAGAGUGGGCGGGGCUUGGCUUGGAGUGUAAAGACCCUAUUGGAGUGUGAAGGCUUAAUGGCUGGGGGGGGGGAUCUACAUUAGAGGGGUACAGUCGUAACAACUGGAGUGACAUAUAAAAUCCCCUAUUAGAGCCCCAUCGUAUGGAAGAGUGACUGACUGCUGUACGAGCAGGAGCAGACAGAUAACUUAAUAAGGGACUGAUCCGUUUAAUAGCAGAGCUUUAGAAGGUGUCUGGAGUUGGUAAUCUGCUAUGUUUACUCUGCCACUUUAAAGGAAAAAACACUGCCUGUGAGGAUGUGUGCUGUCUGGGUGGGUGUGAGUCUAUGUUCAGAGGAUAUCCUAGUCUAGAUUAAUGGCCCUCAGCCAGUUUUAGUAUGGAACUUGCAAGUUGACAUUUAUUAGCUGUUUGGUCUUUAAUGUUAGGGUUAGGCAUUAGGGUUAGCAGUGUGGUUAAGGUUAGAGUUAAAGUUAGGGUUAGGUUUAAAAUCAGAUGUUAUGACAUUGUGGCUGUGCCAGCUAGUGACCACUCUGCAGAGCUGCCUCUAGAACAAGCUUCAUGAUGAAAACGCUAACCUGCACAAAACUUUCUAUUAGGGUUUUGUUUGAUGGUGUUAAUAAUUUAUCUUUAUCAGACAUUGUCUGUAAGUGUCUCUUGGCCUGGUCAACAUCACAGGGCUGCUACCCUGGAAGCGUAACUUGCCAAGUUUGAGACACUCCCAUUCAUUUCAAUUAGGGGUCUUCAACUUUCUCUUGCCCAGAAACUCCUUGCUCUGGUCAAACGCUACUACACGCCCACGGAUGUUAAGUAAUUCACAAUGAGUUUGGAUCUGAGUACCUCCCCGGUGAUUUCUAGAAUGGAAAUCCAUUCUAGACCGUCUGAUUGGGCCCAGAAACUGAUGGGUUGGGCCAGAGCCAUAACACAUGUGGGUAAAGCAGCAUUUAGAAAAUUAAUAAUUGGCUUUGAUACUCUGAUUGGUUAGAGAUGAUCCAAUCGCUGAUGACUUUGGUUUGUACAGUGCCCCUCGUCACCACAAAUUACUUCAAUGAUGGCAGUCUCAGACUGAAGUAUGUAAUGAACGACAGAGCUGCGGAAUAAUUCAGUUUGAGUCAUCAGGCAAAUUCAUGCUCUGCUCAUGCCGGCAAAAGUUACAUGUCCAGUGUAGCAGCUGUUUUCACGACGCCCUGGUGUAAGGGAAAUGGAAAAGGGGAUACCUAGUCAGUUGUACAACUGAAUGCAUUCAACUGAAAUGUGUCUUCCCCUCUUAGGAUAUGUGUAUCUGAGAGUGGGUAUCAUAGUGAUUCUAUUUCUAUGGUGUGUAUCUGGUCUUCAUGUGUCUUUCUAUCUCUGUGUGUCAGGGCUUGCUGUCUGAGAUCCUGCGGAAGGAGGAGGAUCCUAAGAGUGCAUCUCAGUCUCUACUGGUCAACCUGCGGUCCAUGCAGAGUUUCCUCCAGCUACCUGAAGGCGACCGCGACCGCAUUUACCAGGAGGAGAGAGAGAGGAGUCUGACCGCGUCGACCACUAUCAACCAUUCCCCACCACGCCCCACACAGGUCAGACAGACUGACAGGGAGAGAUGGGGUGUGUGUGUGUGCAUGGGUGUGUGCGUUGAAGUUAUAUCUUGUUCAUGAUAGUCUAAGAUAUAUUCCUCUGAUGUUUCAGACCAGAAAGGAAGAGGGAAACUUUGUUAAGGCUGAAGAUUGGCACUCCCGGGUUUCCAUAGGCAUUCCUGAAGUAAGCUCUCUCUCUCAAUUCAAUUCAAUUUCAAUUUAAGGGCUUUAUUGGCAUGGGAAACGUGUGUUAACAUUGCCAAAGCAAGUGAAGUAGAUAGUAAACAAAAGUGAAAUAAACAAUAAAUAUUAACAGUAAACAUUACACUCAGAAGUUUCAAAAGAAUAAAGACAUUUCAAAUGUCAUAUUAUGUAUAUAUACAGUGUUGUAACAAUGUGCAAAUAGUUAAAGUACAAAUGGGAAAAUAAAUAAACAUAAAUAUGGGUUGUAUUUACAAUGGUGUUUGUUCUUCACUGGUUGCCCUUUUCUUGUGGCAACAGGUCACAAAUCUUGCAGCUGUGAUGGCACACUGUGGUUUUUCACCCAGUAGAUAAGGGAGUUUAUCAAAAUUGGGUUUGUUUUCGAAUUCUUUGUGGAUCGCUGUAAUCUGAGGGAAAUAUGUGUCUCUAAUAUGGUCAUACAUUUGGCAGGAGGUUAGGAAGUGCAGCUCAGUUUCCACCUCAUUUUGUGGGCAGUGUGCACAUAGCCUGUCUUCUCUUGAGAGCCAGGUCUGCCUACGGCGGCCUUUCUCAAUAGCAAGGCUAUGCUCACUGAGUCUGUACAUAGUCAAAGCUUUCCUUAAGUUUGGGUCAGUCACAGUGGUCAAGUAUUCUGCCACUGUGUACUCUCUGUUUAGGGCCAAAUAGCAUUCUAGUUUGCUCUGUUUUUUUGUUUGUUCUUUCCAAUGUGUCAAGUAAUUCUCUUUUUGUUUUCUCAUGAUUUGGUUGGGUCUAGUUGUGUUGUUGUUGUUGUUGUCCUGGGGCUGUGUGGGGUCUGUUUGUGUUUGUGAACAGAGCCCCAGGACAAGCUUACUUAGGGGACUCUUCUCCAAGUUCAUCUCUCUGUAGGUGAUGGCUUUGUUAUGGAAGGUUUGGGAAUCGCUUCCUUUUAAGUGGUUAUAGAAUUUAACGGCUCUUUUCUGGAUUUUGAUAAUUAGCGGGUAUUGGCCUAAUUCUGCUCUGCAUGCAUUAUUUGGUGUUUUACGUUGUACACGGAGGAUGUUUUUGCAGAAUUCUGCAUGCAGAGUCUCAAUUUGGUGUUUGUCCCAUUUUGUGAAUUCUUGGUUGGUGAGCGGACCCCAGACCUCAGAACCAUAAAGGGCAAUGGGUUCUAUAACUGAUUCAAGUAUUUUUAGCCAGGAUCCUAAGUCUAUCUCUCCUCUCUCUCUAUCUCUCUCUCUAUCUACUCUCUCUCUCUCUCUCUCUCUCUCUCUCUCUUCUCUCUCUCUCUCUCUCUCUCUCUCUCUCUCUCUCACUCUCUCUCUCAAUUAAAUUGUAAAUGCUUUAUUGCCAAAGUGACAAUGACAACUUCUCUGCUAAUUAAACUGAAAUCAGAACAGAAAUAUCUUUACUAAUCAAAUGAUACAGCUGCUUUAGUAAACACAUCAACGCCUCUCUCCCUUCUCUCCCAUCUUUCCCCUCUCCCCUCUCUGCAGGUGAGGCUGUCUCCAGUAGCAGUAGUAAACAGAGGGGUGAUGAGCGAGGGAUGUGUUCUAAACAGAGGGGUGAAGAGCGAGGGAUGUGUUCUAAACAGAGGGGUGAAGAGCGAGGGAUGUGUUCUAAACAGAGGGGUGAAGAGCGAGGGAUGUGUUCUAAACAGAGGGGUAAAGAGCGAGGGAUGUGUUCUAAACAUCAACAGUUCUAUCUAUGAGGAGAUCCAACAGGAGAUGAAGAGAGCCAAGGUUUCUCAGGCCAUGUUCGCCAAGAUGGCCGCAUCCAAGAGUCAGGUACACACACAACACACACACAAACAUGUGUACACACACAAACACACACAGAAAAGAGAGGGUAUGGUACUCACUGACUGAGGGAUGCCUAUGGAAACAAUGCCAAUCUCCCUCUUGGAUUGAAACAGAGGAAAACGUUUAUUACAGACUGAUAUUAGCAAGUGCGUAACACACACACAUUUCUGCAAGUCCCUAUAAUAUCAGAUUUCCUAUGUGAUGUAUUAAUUUAUGAUAACAUCUUUACACAGAGCCACGUUGGGCAGUAACUGGCUGUGUAGGAAAUUGUCAACUAGCAAGCUGCAGUCUAUGGAGAGCUCUGAUCACUGCAUCACACACAUAAACACGCACACAUGUCACACACACACUUGAACACACACAAAAUGCUUGCCAACACACAGACAAACUGGUGGUUUUAUUGUGAUAGUUUUCCAGGCAGAACCGUAAGCUUGUUAUUGCCUUUUGUUUUGGGGAUCAUUUCCCUCCUCCGUAGAAUGGAGGGAUUUCUUUCUUUCUCUCUGUCUUUCUUUCACUCAAUUCUUGGUCAUCACACUUUCAGUCACCUCUAUUUCUUUCUCUCCGUCUCCCCACCUCCAUCUCUAUCCCUCUUUUACUGUCUUCCCCCUUUUCCCAUAUCUCUCGCUUUCUCUCGCUCUCUCUCCCCAUCUCUCUCAUACUAUCCUCUCAGGUAGUGUAGGUCUGUUUGGCAGGCAGCACCAUGUUGGAGCUCUGUGAUGUAUCUUCUCACUGCAUCUGCAUGGCUUUGCAUGCUAUUGCUGGGCUGCAGCCAGGUCUGUGUGUGCCACAGUGAUUGUGUAGAGGACAAGAGCUUGUCACUGCCGCUGCUUUCCCUCGCUGACUCCUCCUCUCCUCCAGCUCCUGGUAGAGAGAAGGGUUCUGCUUGAUGUUUACUAGGAGUUUGAACUGUAGUUAUUUUUAUAUAAAGUAUCAAUAACACUGUUGUUAUCUGGUCAUAAAAACAGAAGCUCUGUUUCAGUAUCUUUACUAAAGAUAGUAUAUUUUUGUAUCUUGCUUGAAUGGGUUCUGAGAAGGUUUGAAUUGCUAUUCUAUGGGUUCUCUGACCUGGUUCGAAUGUGUGUUCUGUGUGUGUGUUCUGCAGGGCUGGCUGUGUGAGCUGCUGCGCUGGAAGGAGGAUCCGUCCCCGGAGAACCGAACCCUGUGGGAGAACCUGUGUAUGAUCCGACGCUUCCUGAGUCUGGCCCAGACGGAACGAGACGCCAUCUAUGAACAGGAGAGCAACGCUCUGCAACAACACUGUACAGAAAGACUCACACAGCUAGUCAACGACAACACACCGGUCAGUCUACUCUGUAUAGCCUACAUACACAUGUACACGCAUGGAAGCACACACACACACACAACACAAACACAAUCCUACAGUGUAAAUGUACAUGCAUUACACAUGCACAGUUGAAGUCGGAAGUUUACAUACACCUUAGCCAAAUACAUUUAAACUCAGUUUUUCACAAUUCCUGACAUUUAAUCCUAGUAAAAAUUCCUUGUCUUAGGUCAGUUAGGAUCACCACUUUAUUUUAAGAAUGUGACAUUUCAAAAUAAUAGUAGAGAGAAUUAUUUAUUUCAGCUUUUAUUUCUUUCAUCACAUUCCCGGUGGGUCAGAAGUUUACAUACACUCAAUUAGUAAAUGGUAGCAUUGCCAUUAAAUUGUUUAACUUGGGUCAAACGUUUCGGGUAGCCUUCCACAAGCUUCCCACAAUAAGUUGGGUGAAUUUUGGCCCAUUCCUCCUGACAGAGCUGGUGUAACUGAGUCAGGUUUGUAGGUCUCCUUGCUCACACAUACUUUUUCAGUUCUGCCCACACAUUUUCUAUAGGAUUGAGGUCAGGGCUUUGUGAUGGCCAUUCCAAUACCUUGACUUUGUUGUCCUUAAGCCAUUUUGCCACAACUUUGGAAGUAUGCUUGGGGUCAUUGUCGAUUUGGAAGACCCAUUUGCGACCAAGCUUUAACUUCCUGACUGAUGUCUUGAGAUGUUGCUUCAAUAUAUCCACAUAAUUUUCCUUCCUCAUGAUGCCAUCUAUUUUGUGCAACCUGUCCCUCCUGCAGCAAAGCACCCCCACAGCAUGAUGCUGCCACCCCCGUGCUUCACGGUUGGGAUGGUGUUCUUCGGCUUGCAAGCGACCCCCUUUUUCCUCCAAACAUAACGAUGGUCAUUAAGGCCAAACAGUUCUAUUUUUGUUUCAUCAGACCAGAGGACAUUUCUCCAAAAAGUACGAUCUUUGUCCCCAUGUGCAGUUGCAAACCGUAGUAUGGCUUUUUUAUGGAGGUUUUGGAGCAGUGGCUUCUUCCUUGCUGAGUGGCCUUUCAGGUUAUGUCGAUAUAGGACUUGUUUUACUGUGGAUAUAGAUACUUUUGUACCUGUUUCCUCCAGCAUCUUCACAAAGUCCUUUGCUGUUGUUCUAGGAUUGAUUUACACUUUUCGCACCAAAGUACGUUCAUCUCUAGGAGACAGAACACUCCUCCUUCCUGAGCGGUAUGACGGCUGCGUGGUCCCAUGGUGUUUAUACUUGCAUACUAUUGUUUGUACAGAUGAACGUGGUACCUUCAGGCGUUUGGAAAUUGCUCCCAAGGAUGAACCAGACAUGUGGAGGUCAACUAUUUUCUUUCAUUUGAUUUUCCCAUGAUGUCAAGCAAAGAGGCACUGAGUUUGAAGGUAGGUCUUGAAAUACAUCCACAGGGACUCCUCCAAUUGACUCAAAUGAUGUCAGUUAGCCUAUCAGAAGCUUCUAAAGCCAUGACAUCAUUUUCUGGAAUUUUCCAAGCUGUUUAAAGGCACAGUCAACUUAGUGUUUGUAAACUUCUGACACACUGGAAUUGUGAUACAGUGAAUUAUAAGUGAAAUAAUCUGUCUGUAAACAAUUGUUGGGAACAUUACAUGUGUCAUGCACAAAGUAGAUGUCCUAACCGACUUGCCAAAACUAUAGUUUGUUAACAAGAAAUUUGUGGAGUGGUUGAAAAACAAGUUUUAAUGACUCAAACCUAAGUGUAUGUAAACUUCCGACUUCAACUGUACACACUCAAAUGCAGAGUUGUGUAGCUGCUUGACAAUAGUGUUCAUACCUCUAGUUUGGUGCUUGACCCUCUCCUCCUAUAACCCGUCCUAUUAUCAGCUCCCAUUGGUUUGUUUAUAACUUGACAUCCAUCUGUCUCCACCAGCUCGAACGCCAAUCCCCGUUGCAACAACAACAUCAUCAACGAACCCUGACCCCUCUGUGCCAGCAGCCCUUGCAGCCCCAGGCGGAGCCUCGCCUGCCGCCACGACAACCAUCCACAGCAUCACCGGCCGAGACUGAGGGGGGUAGGGGGCAACUGAGGACCUGGUGGGGGAGUAGUCAGGGUGAUGGCAGGGGAGAGGACAUUACUGGCAGGGGCAGUAGGGGUUGGGGCGAGGGUAGGGGUUGGGGCGAGGUCAGGAGUAGGGGUGUGUGUAGCAAUGACAAGGAAGGGGGCGAGGGAGGGUGGUCGGGGGGCAGACAGACUAACAGGGAGGGUGAUGGUGCGCGUGAUGGUGAGGGGGGCGAGGGGUUUUGGGUGUCCCGUGAGGCCCAGGGGAUCCUGCAGAGCUUCAUCCAAGACGUGGGUCUGAACCCAGACGAGGAGGCUGUCCACACCCUGUCAGCCCAGCUGGGCCUGCCCAAACACACCAUCCUCAGCUUCUUCCACAGCCAGCACCACAGCUACACUCACCAGAACCAUAGACAGGACUACAGUGAGAUCCGCCACAACCACAACCAACAUCCGAGCCAGAACCAGAACCAAAACCACAACUACAGGGAGAAUCACAACCAACACCACCAGGACCAGCUCUUCUGUAAUGGAGCAGGCCCAACCCAGCCUGAGAGAACUACAGGGGAGGAGGGGGAGGGAGGGACCGUAGAUCCCGCUGGACAGAUGGGGGGAGAGGAAGAGGAUAUAGAGGGGGAAGAGGAAACAGAGUGGAAGGGGGAGGAGGACACAAUUUUAAAAGAGUUGGAUGUGAGCAGUCAGACUAACGCCAUCGCCACCCUAGAGGAGGAGCAACAUGAUUCUAACCAAUCUGAGACUGCCCAACCACAUGACUCUGAUGAAUAACAUGACUCCACCCACUAGUUGUCCCCUCUAUCCCAAUGAGAAGGCAUCAAUUUGAUAGACUCAUUUAUCUCUGCAGAAAAUAACAUUCCCCUUUUCUAAAGAACUCUAGUAAUGAAUGAUGUGGUAUUAUAGGUGUUUCCCUUAUUUGUAAUGAAACAUUUAAAUAAAAGACUGACUGUGAAAAUAUAUGAAAUUAUGUAGUUAUACAUGUAUGCAAAGUUAUUUUAAAGGCCCAGUGCAGUCAAAAACUAGACUUUCCUGUGGUUUGGAUAUUUUCCACAUUGAGGUUGGAAUAAUACUGUGAAAUUGUGAAAAUUAUGAUAAUGCCCUUUUAGUGUAAGAGCUGUUUGUAAAGACAGCCUUAAAUUUGAGCCUGUUUUGAUGGGAUGGGGUUUUGGCCUGUCUGGUGACAUCACCAGGCGCUAAAUAAGUUCCAAAACUCUGCCAAUAACAGCUCAUUUUCAGUUUCCCCCUCCUCACUCAGACCACUCCCAGACAGUCCUAGCUAAAUUAUUGCUUGAGGAAUUGCUCCUCGCUAAGAAGCUAUUUUUGUUUCUUUUUGACCAUUUUAACUAAAAGCAAUCACAGUAAGGUACUUAAUUGUUAACCAGGAAUUCUUUGAUAUUGAGAUAAAAACAGCUGCAUUGGACCUUUAAGUGUUGAGGAUCCGAUUUUAAAGACAUUAUGCCAACAAAUGCCUUGUAGUAUGUGGCACUACCCAUCUGUUUCUAUGUCUAGAUUAUCCUCUCUGGAAUUAGAGGACAUCGAAAUGUGAAUAUUGAUAUUGAUCCACUCGCUCAGCUGUAUUAUAGACACAUGCUAUAUAGUGUUUGUUCUGGUUUCUUUCUCUUUUACAAAACUCCAACAACAACUAUGCUUUCUUACAUCGUUCUGUCAUAAUGUCCACUUGUCUCUUUGACUGACAGUAAAAUGCAAAAGUAUCUUAAAAGUCUUCGGUGGUCAACAUAGUUGAGGGAUGUCACUCAAAUGUUUUAUGCACAUUAUUUCACUCUAGCAAAUGUAGUGUAGGUCAAUUGCCUAAUUGUAGAAGAAAAGGCUAAAUAUGCAAAGGGUGUGUGUGUGUGUGUGUGUGUGUGUGUGUGUGUGUGUGUGUGUGUGUCCUGCCUCUUUUCCUUUAUCUACCAUCUUUGAAUCUGUUUGUGUUGAAAAUACAAUGUACUAUUUGUUUUAAGACUUCAUUCCAUUGAUUCAUGAGUUAUAUUUGAAGUUGUCGUUUUAAACAGAAAUGCAUUGGAUGCAGAAUUACAUUUAUGUCUUACUUAAAGCUGUGAUUUACUAUUUGUUUCAUCACACAUUAAACACUUAUAAAAUGGAGCUGCUGUUGAUUCGUUUUUCUGUGGUAUCGUACAAAUCUUCUGUCUCCAUGCUGAACCACAAUGUUCCUAAUCAGUCAAGUUUUCUUUUCCCAGACAGACUAGGAUAGGUAGAUAGACAUCUUGUUUCUGACAUGUUCACACCUGCUCAGUUAUUUUUCCAUUCAAAAUAAAUUAACUACUGUAAAAAGUUGUUUUGCUUAGAAGUCAAUCUUGUCAUUAUGCAACGAAUGUAACAUGGGGAAAUGUUUUGUUGGCUAUCGCUCUUAUGUUGUAUAGGUAAAUAACAUUUCACACAUUAGUGACCUGUUAGCUCCAAGGUCGUGGGGGUCAGUGUUAAGGGCUUGAAUGGUAGCUACAGCUUACUGUAAUUACAAGCAAAAGUUUUCCACUACCAUGGAAUCAUAAAACUUCUUAUCAGACAUGAUUGGAGGUGUGUGUGUGUGUGCUCACGUGCACAUACAGUACUGUCACGCACACUUACACAAACACUCACGCAUAAACACACACCCACAUGGUCACAUGCACAGUUAUUUAUCAGACACGUUUUACUAUUGAAAACAAAUGAACAUUUAUUGUAUCCAAAUUAAGACUGACCUAUGCCCAUAAAUAUACACUUUGAUCUUAGUUUUAUAACACAUCAGAAAAUCAAUUGAUAGAUGGGUCAUUCCACGAAAUGAGUACCUUUUCCAUCCACUUUGAUAUUUUAAGUAGAAAUUGGGUAUUGAAUUUUAAAAGGCUGUUAUAUUCAAUGAAGUGCCCUUUAAUAUAGACCACAUGGAGAAUUCAAUAAAUCAGAUUUUUUUAUAUGAAUAAAGACUUGCGAAAGUGCCAACAUUCUGCAUUUUGACAUGUCCCUCCGUGCACCCUCUGUGACUUCCAGGAAGAUUUUAACUCACUUAACCACAAAAGUUUUCACAAAGUAAUUUCUGAAGAUUAUUAUUUAUUUUAUGUGAUUAGCGGUUCAUUUGAAGGUAAAAACAUAACAAAAACACCUGUCCCUCAUUUUAAGGUCAACCCUGGUACGUGAACGGAACUCUAAUAUGGUGAAACUAUUCCUUUUUAAAUAAUGUUUUUUUUUUCAAAAGAAACAUGAACAUCUAAUAGUGAAGUCACAGUGUAAAAGCAGGUGAGCUGGUUUUACUAUUUUUAGCUAUUGUAUGGUGUUUUGUGAUGAAAAACUGAGUGGGUCGAGCACAACAUGUCAGCCCUGUCACCCAUAGAUAGACAGGCUAGGAAUGUUUGAACUGUUGAAUCAUUUGGGUGAAGCUUGUAUUCAAUUGCCCCUCCCUGUUGCACACAGCUUCCAUUCCCCCUGUCACAAGGGGAUUUAUGGCUGAUUUCAGAUGAAAUCGUCAACCCUGUUACAGUCAACCCUGUUACUUUAUUUGUGACUUAAUAGGCACUUACUAUAGUAAUUUUGUUAUUUAAGAUGGGAAAAUUUGUUUUUUAUUAGGUUGAACAUGUGCUCUUUAUAACGGAAUGUCAAAAGUAUUUUUCACCAAGUUACACAUAUCAAAAGGCACCGAAUUGGUAGAACGACCCAGAGUUAUUUAUCAGCCACGUUUUACUAUUGAAAACAAAUAAAGAUUUAUUGUAUCCAAAUGAAGACCAACCUAUGCCCAUAAACAUACAUGUUGGCAUUAGUUUUAUAACUGUUUUAUAACACAUACAUUACCACAUCAGUACCUGCUGCUAAUAUGUGGUUUAGAGCAACAUGUAUAAAAGGUAGUGGGACUGAGGAGUAGAAACAGAAGACAGACUUAGAGAGAUAAACUCUGGCUCUGGCUCUAGUGUUUCUGUGCCUGCUUGGAGCACAGGGUCUCACCAAUGAUGCCAUGGAGAAACAGGUCCUCACUGGAGAAUGACAGAUAGAGAGAGAGAGGGAGUGGGGUAAGAGAGAGGGAGAGAUGGUGGGAGAGAGAGAUUGGGUCGGAGAGAGAGAGAGACGGUGGGAGAGAGGGAGUGGGUGCCAGAGGAUGAAGGGAUGAAUACCAUUCAGGCUGUGGGGCAGGGGGUAGAGGAGGUGUCUGGGUCCGUCACUGGAGGCCAGGCUGACAGCUGCUGAGGGUCUCUUAGAAGAGGAGAGAGUCCUGGUGUUUGAGCUGAGAGCUACACUGGAGAAACAGAGCACCAUGCUGCAGAGGCUGAGCGCACAGAGAAGAGGUACACUAUUUUACCAUACCAGUGAUGUUCUAUACUGUGGUUGUUGUUUUGUAACAGAGGAGGCUUUCAUGAGGCUUGAUUUCUCACAGCAUGACAAUACGUUACUGGAAAUUUAACUUGAUAUAAUUAAACAGAAUACUAUUAUGUUCUUCAUAGGCCAAGCAAAAGUGGCAUUCUCCGCUUCACUGGGAAGUUUGGAUCAUUUUGGACCUGUCAGUAUUGAUGUCACAUUGGUCUAUAAUGAUGUCAUCACUAAUUAUGGCAGCACAUACAGCCCUGUUACAGGUCAGGCAUUCAUUGUUGUGAGGAAGGAAAGAGAACGAGGAAGGAGCAAUAAGGUGUGUGUGUGUGUGUACGUGUGUGUGUGUGUGCACAUGUGUGUGUGUGUGUUUGUGUGUGUGUCUGCGUGUGUGUGUGUGUGUCUGUGUGUGUGUGUGUGUGUACGUGGUGGUUGGUUGAGGGGGUAGUGUAAAAGGUGUUUUGUGGUGCUGUGUAAGUGUGGAUGUGUGUGUUGUGUGUGUGUAAGUGUGUGUGUUGUGAGGUGGUAUGGGUGUGUGUGUGUGUGUUGUGUCUGUGUGUGUGUGUAAGGUGUGUGUGUGUUUUUUUAUGUGUAUGUGUGCGUGUGUGUGGGUCUGUGUGUGUGCGUGUGUAUGUGUGUGUGUGGGUGUUGUUGUGUGUGUAGGAGUGUGUAGUGGAUUGUGUUGUGUCGUGUGUUGCUCUGAGUGUGUGUGUGGGUUGUGUCUGUGGGUGUGGGUGUGGUGUGUGUCAGUGGUGUGUGUGUGUGUGUGGGUGUGUAAUGUGUGGGUGUGUGUGAGUGUGUGUGUGGUGUGUAGUGUGUGUGUGUGUGUGAGUGUGGUGUGGUGUGGUGUGUACAGUGGUGUGUGUGUGGUACGUGUGUGUGUGUGUGUGGUGUGUAGUGUGUGUGGUGUGUCUGUGUGGGUGUGUGUGUGUGUGGGUGUGGUGUGUGUGUGUGGGUGUGUGUGUUUGUGUGUGUGGUGUGCGUGUGGUGUGUGUGUAUGUGUGGUGUGUGUGUGUGUGUGUGUGUGUGUGUGUGGUGUGUGUGUGUGUAUGUGUGUGUGUGUGGUUGUGGUGUGUGUGUGUGUUUGUGUGUGUGUGGUGUACGGUGGUGUGUGUGUGUACGUGUGGUGUGUGUGUACGUUGGGUGUGUGUUGUUUACUGUUGUGUGUGGUGUGUGUAAUGUGUGUGUGUAGUGUGGUGUGUGUGUGGGUGUGUGUACGGUGGGUGUGUCUGUGUGUGUGUGUGUGUACGUGUGUGUGUGUGUACGUGUGUGUGUGGUGCGUGUGUACAUGUGUGUUGUGUACGUGUGUUGUGUACGUGUGUGUGUGUGUACAUGUGUGUGUGUCUGUGGUGGUGUGUUGUGUCACGUGUGUGUGUGUAUGUGUGUGUGUACGUGUGUGUGUGUGUGUACGUGUGUGUGUGUGUACGCGUGUGUGUGUACGUGUGUGUGUACGUGUGUGUGUGUGUGUGUACGUGUGUGUAUGUAUACGUGUGUGUGUACGUGUGUGUGUACGUGUGUGUGUGUGUGUUCGUGUGUGUGUGUGUGUUUGUGUGUACGUGUGUGUGUACAUGUGUGUGUGUGUGCACGUGUGUGUAUGUGUGCAUGUAUACUAUACAUGCACAUGCGUUCGUGCGUGUGUGUGCGAGCAUGCGUGUGUUUGUGUUGAUGCAUCUGAAGUACGUUAAUCUACUGUAUGGCGGGAAGCUGUCUCCGCACCACGUGCUCUCACCACUGGUGUCCCCCAGGGCUCAGUUCUAGCCCCUCUCCUAUUCUCGCUAUACACCAAGUCACUUGGCUCUGUCAUAUCCUCACAUGGCCUCUCCUAUCAUUGCUACGCAGACGACCCACAACUAAUCUUCUCCUUUCCCCCUUCUGAUAACCAGGUGGCGAAUCGCAUCUCUGCAUGUCUGGCAGACAUAUCAGUAUGGAUGACGGAUCACCACCUCAAGCUGAACCUUGGCAAGACGGAGCUGCUCUUCCUCCCGGGGAAGGACUGCCCGUUCCAUGAUCUCGCCAUCACGGUUGACAACUCCGUUGUGUCCUCCUCCCAGAGUGCGAAGAGCCUUGGCGUGACCCUGGACAACACACUGUCGUUCUCCGCUAGGUUCAUGCUCUACAACAUUCGGAGAGUACGACCCUGCCUUACACAGGAAGCAGCACAGGUCCUAAUCCAGGCACUUGUCAUCUCCCGUCUGGAUUACUGCAACUCGCUGUUGGCUGGGCUCCCUGCCUGUGCCAUUAAACCCCUACAACUCAUCCAGAAUGCCGCAGCCCGUCUGGUGUUCAACCUUCCCAAGUUCUCUCACGUCACCCCGCUCCUCCGCACACUACACUGGCUUCCAGUUGAAGCUCGCAUUUGCUACAAGACCAUGGUGCUUGCCUACGGAGCUGUGAGGGGAACGGCACCUCCGUACCUUCAAGCUCUGAUCAGUCCCUACACCCAAACGAAGGCAUUGCGUUCAUCCACCUCUGGCCUGCUGGCUCCCCUACCUCUGCUGAAGCACAGUUCCCGCUCAGCCCAGUCAAAACUGUUCGCUGCUCUGGCACCACAAUGGUGGAACAAGCUCCCUCACGACGCCAGGACAGCGGAGUCACUCACCACCUUCCAGAGACAUUUGAAACCCCACCUCUUUAAGGAACACCUGGGAUAGGAUAAAGUAAUCCUUCUAACCCCCCCCCUUACCCCACCCCACCCCACCACCCCCCAAAAAUAAAAUAUAAUAAUAAUAAUAAUAAUUGUAAAGUGGUUAUCCCACUGGCUAUAAGGUGAAUGCACCAAUUUGUAAGUCGCUCUAGAUAAGAGCGUCUGCUAAAUGACGUAAAUGUAAAUGUAAAUGAGUAUGCUUAUUCACUUUCUACAGCCAUGCAGGGGGUGGACGGAGAAUGGUGUGUGCCUUGUUCAGAAAUGGACAAAGAGUGGUCACCGCCAUUGGAUUAUUCAAGUAUUGUGGACAUUGCUGACACAGUGGCAAAUGGAGCUACUCUUCAGCUGAACAGGGGAGAUCAGGUGCGUCUUGCGGCCAACACACACAUAUUUGACGAUUCACAACGCAAAAGUACAUUUAGUGGCUUCCUGUUUUUCACUGUG